UAGAAUAAACAACGAGGCAAGAUAUAAUAAUUGCUGUUGCGAAACGGAGUUACUAGAGUUGUGAGAAAGUGUGUUCGCAUAUUGUAGUUCUGUGAAGAGACUCAGUUUCAUCAUUCAACCACCCCACCCCCAGUUGAAAGUGUGUUUGUUUGCCAGCUAAGUAGUCAACUACUGCAUGAGGGGUAGAACAGCAACAACAGCUUACCCUCCGUGGUAGCGCUACUUAUAGCAGCUAGCUCCAAAAAAGCUGCGCCUCCACAGUAUCGUCUCUUUUUCGGAACGUUUAGCUAGAGCAUGCAAAACAUCUAACAGGCGCUAACGACGCGUCUCGAGCACGGUACACGCCAAAGGCUCGCCCAACAUGGCGCUAGUACCGUAGAAAAUUUACCCAUAUAGUGUGUACGGUGUGGCCGUAGCCAUCAAACGCGAGCCCCAUAAUCCUAGUACCAACGUGUUUGCACCAUACAUCGAGACGGUUGGCGUAGACAAAAAAACAAAAAAAAGGCAAAGGAUCCACGAAAACAAUAUCUAGCAAUGGCUUUGGAAAAUGGCGCAACUGUGACCGUGCUGGGAGCACACUAGCACCAAGAAAGUAGUACACAGUCGCUAGGCUUUCGGCAGCGUCGAGGAGAACCAAUCGCGAAACGACGAUGCACAGCUUUUACAACGAAGAAAUGGCACGUGAUUCGACGAUGGGCAGAGACCGAGUGCUAGUCGUACCGAACGCCGGCAUCGCCCUCAACAGCGGCUCGUCGUCCCAGAUAACGGCCCCGGCUGACAUCAGUCAGCAGAUACUGGAGCUGCAAAAGGAGCAGGAGCUAGAGAAGCAGAAACUGUGGCACGCGUUUCAGGAGAAGAACAAAGAGCUCGAGAUGCAGCACCGCCAGCAGUUGGAGCACAAGUUUCAGGAGUUACGCGACCAAAGGAUAGCGGAGGAAGCCGCCCAGCAACGGGAAAGGCGCGAGCGGGAGGCGAUCAAGCGCAAGGAAAAGCAUGACUGCAGUGCGAACGCCAGCUCGGAGGUGAAGCAGAAGCUGCAGACAUUUCUAAUUCAGAAAAAGCAGGCGGCUGCAUCGAACGGUUUGACGUCACCGUUACCGUACAGAAACUGGGGCGUGGUAAAGUCAUCCUCGGGCGAGUCGCUCCCUGGCGGAGCGGUUGCCGCCGCGGUCAGCUCGCAUCCGUACAAAAUCCCACCACCGCCGAGCUCGAUCGCCAAGUACGAUGCGGACUUUCCGCUCCGCAAGACCGCAUCCGAGCCGAACCUGCUAAAAAUCCGCCUCAAGCAGCGCGUUAUCGAAAAGCGUUCCCUCAAUGGGCCGCUGGCCGCGCGCCGCCAGGAGCGCUUGCGCCGGCUACAGAAGCAGCAGCAUAACCAGGCCGCCCUAACGCAGGCAGCAACAAAUUGCCCACCGGCGGUCAGUGUUGCCGGGACGACCGAUUCCGGGCCGAACUCGCCGCCGACCGUCGGUAGCCGCGCGUCGCCGACGAACGCGCCGAUUCAGGAGGAAAACGAGGACCCGCAGUACGGCAAUGGGGCGGUCCGGUCGAGUAUCAACGAUCUGUCGCUGUUCAGCUCACCCUCGAUGCCGAACAUUUCGCUCGGCCGGCCGCACCUCGGGACGUCCAUCACCCAUUCGACCACGGUGGCACACCUGGCUAUCAAUUCGAUGAGACCGGCACACCUCGGUCCCGGUGCAGGAGGAGGCCCGGCCGGCGGUCCGCCUCCGAUGGGCAAUCCCUUUGUCAACCCGAUACUGGAGAUGGCCGAGCAGCAUCUACACCACAACCAGGCCGUCGCGGCAGCGGCAGCCGCAGCGGCGGCGGCCGCGGGCGUGGUCGGCCUCGAUCGGACGCAGCUGACCGCCAUCCAUGCGGCCGGCAGCUCGGCCGCCUCGAUCUACCACCAUCAUCACCACCAUCACCAGCAGUCGAUCACGGACGCGCACGUUGCCCAGGCGCGGCUCAACCGGCAGGGACAUCGGCCGCUCGGACGCACCCAGUCGGCUCCGCUACCCCUCGGCCACCCGAUGCUGGCCGGAGCGGCCGGCGCCGCCAUGAUGAACAUCUCGCACACGCACUUCGAGAACAGCGACGCCGAACGGCAGGCGUACGAGCAGCAUCUGCUGAUGAAGCAAAAGAUCCGCCACACGGCACUCUCGCGCGCCGCCAACUGCGUCAACCGGGAGCCGCAGCUGCGCGAGGAGGUCGAGUCGAACGAGGUGAUGGACCUGACGGACAAGAAGCAGCCACCGAAGACGGUGCUGGCGAGCAGCGUCAUCAAGAGCACGUCGCACUCGCACCUGCUCGGACCGCCGUCCUCGCACGACGAGAUUGGGCGCAUGAAUGCGGCAGCAGCGGCAGCGGCCGCCGCCGCCCAACAUCACCACCAGCAACAGCAGCAGCACCAGCACCAGCAGCAGCAGCAGCAACAGCAGCAGCAGCAGCAGCAGCAGCAACACCAGCAGCACCUGUCCGAGCUGAUGCAGCAGCAUCAGUAUCAUCGUGAGCGGGAGCUCUUCAUGCGCCGGUCGAUGCACCUGUCCGUGCUGGAGGAUCCGUACGCACAUCAUGUCAUGGCCGGCGGCGGUGGCGGCGCUCCACCCGGAGGAGCAGCAGCAUCCAGUCUGUCGCUGCGGCCACUCGCGCGAACCUCCUCCAGCCCGCUGGUGCACCUUAGCAGUGAUGUAGGCGGCCAGCAGCAAAGCAUGUUUUCCGACACUGGCCAGCAGCAGCAGCAGCAGCAGCAGCAGACCGGCGGACAGGGUGACGAUGCACAGCCACCGGUGAACCUGACCGUGCAGAACCGCAGCCGCUCGCUGCUAAGCUACACGCACGAAGGCAUUGUGCCGGCGUCGGGAGGCGAUGGAGGCUCCGUGUCCGGCGGCAGCUCGCCGGGGGUGGCGCUGCAGCUCACUACCUCCGCGUCCGCGUCGGCCAUCAUCGGACACCACCACCACCACCACCACCAUGAGAGUGAGGCGGUCCAGCAGAAGCCGGUACCGUCCUCGUCGUCGUCGUCGUCGCUGACCGCCGGCAGCACCGCGCUCGCCUUCGACAGCCUGAUGCUGAAGCACGUGUGCGCGUGCGGCGACAACGCGAACCAUCCGGAGCACAGCGGGCGCCUGCAGAGCAUCUGGUCGCGGCUGGCCAGCACCGGGCUGGCGGCCCGCUGCGAGAAGCUGCGCGUCCGCAAGGCGACCCAGGACGAGCUGCAGUCCAUCCACACGGAGGCGCACGCACUGCUGUUCGGCACGAGCCAGCUGAACCGCGCCAAGGUGGACACGAGCCGCGUCAGCUUCGUGCGGCUAGCUUGCGGGGGCGUCGGCGUCGAUCUCGACACCACCUGGAACGAGCAUCACACGGCAGCGGCGGCCCGCAUGGCCGCCGGUUGCGUCAUCGACCUGAGCUACCGGGUGGCGCGUGGCGAAACGCGCAACGGGUUCGCCGUCGUGCGCCCGCCCGGCCACCACGCCGAGGCGGACGCCGCCAUGGGCUUCUGCUUCUUCAACUCGAUCGCGAUCGCCGCCCGGCUGCUGCGGCGCCGCCUGCCGCACGAGAUGCGCCGCGUGCUGAUCGUCGACUGGGACGUGCACCACGGCAACGGCACGCAGCAGGUGUUCUACGACGACGCGUCCGUGCUCUACCUCUCCAUCCACCGGCACGACGACGGCAACUUCUUCCCCGGCACCGGCGGCCCCACCGAGUGCGGCGUCGGCGCCGGCGUCGGCUACAACGUCAACGUGGCCUGGUCCGGCGGCGUCAAUCCGCCGCUCGGCGACGCCGAGUAUCUGGCCGCGUUCCGCACCGUCGUCAUGCCGAUCGCGCGCGACUUCAAUCCCGACAUCGUGCUCGUGUCGGCCGGCUUCGAUGCCGCCAUCGGCCAUCCGGCCCCCCUCGGCGGUUACGUCGUGUCACCCGCCUGCUUCGGUCACCUCACACGCGAGCUUAUGCAGCUUGCUGACGGAAAGCUUGUGCUCGCCCUCGAGGGAGGUUACAAUCUGCCGGCGAUCUGUGACUCGGCGGAGGAGUGCGUGCGAGCGCUGCUCGGGGAGAGUACGUCCGCAAUCGCGCCGUCGGAGCUGGGCCGCGUCCCCUGCCCGGCGGCCGUCGAGACGCUACAGAAAACGAUCGCGAUACAGGUGUCGCACUGGCCGUGCGUCAAGCGGUACGCCCACACGGUCGCCCUGUCCGCGCUGCAGGCACACAGCAGCGAGCGUGAGGAGUCGGACACCGUGACAGCGAUGGCCGGGUUGUCGAUGCAACCGUUGAAACGCACGUCCGAGGUGGCCUGCAAGGAUUCGGAAGAACCGAUGGAACAAGACGAGUCGAAGUAACCGAUCGUCGGAACUGGACGUGCAGGAGGAGACAAAUUCACUAACGAAAAUGGGAGAAGAAGCUAGCUGCCUGCCAGCGGAAACGUGAGCUUGCUUGGUUAAUGUUUACACACACACACAUACACCGUACAUGGAGUGGAGUUUUUGGACGGGUUUGGAGGGGGCGGGGGGAGGGGGGAGGGGGCAUCGGCUCCCGGUACGUAAGAAAAGCCGCGCGAGGUUUGGGUAGUUUGUAAGAUUGUUUUCCGUUUUGUUUUUUGUCCAACGCGUUUACGAAUGCGCUCUUUGGCAUGAGCAGAUUAUGAACAUAGACAGAGAGAAAGCGUGAAAGAGGAAAAGAAAUAAUUUUAUAAUCCUGAGAUGCAAGGGACUGCGUGAAACUUUAACGAAAAGGAAUGCAUGAUGAAUUGAUUUCAGUCUGGGAAAAUAUCGCGCAGAAAAGGAAGAUAGAAUGAAUUACAGUUUUUGUUGGUUUUUUUUUUCAUUUACAGAUAAGCAGAUCGCACCUUUGCAGCCAAAGUAAAAAAAGGCGUUCGGCAUGUAUUUAAGGAAGGAGGAGUGUAAUUGCGUAAUAUAAUUAUUGUACGCGUGAGCAAAGGAAAAACAAUAACCGAAACUACGUCAGAUGAAAGUCAAUGGAAAGACGUCGAACGUAGUUCCGUGUCGCCUCGCCAGGAGAUAAUGGGAAAGGAUAGCUGCAGCCAGUAGGGAAAUGAAUUAUUCACGAAAGAUAUAGGAAUCAAGAAAAAGAAAGUUAACUACUUACAGUUAACUAAUUAGUUGACUCACAAAAAAAAAACAACAAAAACAAAUAACGAACAGAAUCAACAAAACAACGUAUAUAUUAUUAUAUAUGCAUUCAAAAUGCGCGCGCGCACAAUUAGCACCGACCGUUUGUUUUGUACGAAUAUAGACAGCGAAUGAUUGAUGUGGAAACGGAA